GCUUCAUUAUGUAUCAUUAUACCGGUCCGCGCCGCGCGGUGUGCACUGCAGUUACUGGAACCAGGCGCGCGCGCGUGUGUGCUUUUCUCUCUUCUUCUACGCCCUGGCCGUCGUCUUCUUCUUCCCUUACCUUCUUCGUCCAGCCGGUGCGUUCGCGCGUAUACGUCCGAAGCGUGCACGGUACGCUCAUCGGCGAGGUAAUCGUGGCGCGGCGCGUGUAAAAAGCAUAUCGUCGCCGACGAGGAGGUGCGCGAGUGCGCGGCAGAUCGCGUCGCGUUUGCCGUGCAAUUAAAUCGAGAAGGCGGCAGGCGACCAAGUGCGAGUGUUGGGAUACGCAGCUGCGACACAGAUUUUCGGCUCUGCUCGCGCGGAGCGGCCGGAUCGCGGGGAGGAUCUUCGUCACCCGCGCUGCCAUCUGCCGCGCGCGCCGGACCUUUGCGGUGACGUUUUUCCCCCGGAGUCGGAGAGAACUGUGUUGACGAGUGUGAUCGGCGACGACGACGACGACGACGACGACGACGAGUGACGUUUCGCGUUUAGUUCGCGACGUUCGGUGUAGUUGUUAACAAACGCGAGUGAGGAGGACCGAUAUGCCGACGGUCUGGUCACGCCGUCGCGGCGCGUCUCUGCUCGAAGGCCGAGCGACGUCGAGCUGACGCACGGCAAGCGAACAGUAGUAGCAUCCGUUCGGGAGACUCUCUCUUUGGCUCGCGUUAGUGUGAAGUUUGUUUCCGCGUGGACUACGCGCGUGUGAAGUGGACGUGGGUGACAACGAAGUGGUGUCCGAACUGAUAAAAACAAAAACAUCCAAGCGUGAGUCGUCCCCGUUGUGACUUGUUGUGAGCGACCGACGCGCGCGCUUACACGCAUCACGGAUACGUGCGACAAAGACCGCCUUGAAGUAAGCUCCGAAAAGUGAAUAUCGCAGUGAGAGAGAGAGAGAGAGAGAGAGAGUAGUGCAACAUCGAACGAGAGUAAUCUGAUGCGAGCGAUCGAGCGUCUCUCCUUCUCCGCAGUGCGAGUUCCAGAAAUACUACCGAGCCGACGGCCGACGGUUAAGAGGUUAACUCUCUGUUUCUCGCGACGGCAAUGACGUCUCUCCACGCUUAUUUCGUCGACCCUGCGUCGAUAUAGUCCUCUCGAGACCGUUGGUCAUUGGGGCACGCGCGCGCGCGGGGUGUGCUCGUCCGCGCUAGACGAGAGAGAGAGAGAGAGGUCCCAAAAUUCGGGCCCCGUACGGAGGGGUACACGCGACGUCGUCGGCGAGCUCGGCGACGGCGGGGACCCACCUAGGCUGUGGUGGCGGCGGCAUCGACGUCGUGUUUAAGGUGGAGCGUCCGGGCAGCACGACGACGCUCAAUUUCACGGACCUGGGGAGCCCAUUCGGGGCGGGCGACCCCUGUCCGUCUAGUACCCCGACCCCGAACAGCAUGUCGGGCGGCGGCGGCGGCGGUGGACCCACCGGCGGUGGCGGUGGCGGCGGCGGCGGCGGCGGUGCCGGCGGCACCGGGGGCGCCGGCUCGGACAUGGAGCAGCAUCUUCAUCACGCGGGCCUCGGCUCGGUGACGCCUGGCCCGCCCGGCGGGAACGGCGGCGACAGCACCGCGUCCAGCACGCCGGUCUCCCAGAGCGGCAAGUCCGCCUUCAUCGAGCUCCAGCACAACAAUCUCUACAAUCCGGCGAGUCUGCGGAGCGGCUAUCCGGGCGGGCACAACGUACCCGGCGCGCACCAGUUCUCGCAUCAGGUCGGCUCGCUCGCGGCGCACCAGGGCUCCGGGCCCGGCAGCGGGAAUCAGCAGCACGCGGACGCGGGCUUUCCCAGUCCCAGAUCGCUCGCCGGAUAUCCGUUCGCGCCCAUGCACCAGCACAACGCCUACGGAUACCACAUCGGGACGUACCCCCAGUGCCCCUCGCCGCCCAAGGACGACCUCUCGCCAUUGGGUGAUAAAAGCGGAAGCCUCGUCGACGAGCUCGGCGGCGGUGGCGGCGGUUCCCUCAGGAAUGGCAAAGGCAAGAAGAUGAGGAAACCGAGGACGAUUUACAGCAGCCUGCAAUUGCAGCAGCUCAACAGGCGGUUUCAGAGAACGCAGUACCUCGCGCUACCGGAAAGAGCGGAGCUCGCGGCCAGCCUCGGACUCACGCAAACGCAGGUGAAAAUCUGGUUCCAAAACAGGAGGAGCAAGUACAAGAAGAUGAUGAAGGCGGCGCAGCAGGGCGGGGGUGGCGGUGGUGGCCAACACGGUAGUCUUCUGGCGGGUGGAACCGCUCUACCCGGAGGACCAUCUCCUCAACCCGGUCAACCCGGAAGUCUCAUGCAAGGAGGGGGCGGAAGUUCCGUGUCGGGCAGCCCGACGACGGGUUACCUCGGCGGCAUGGGCGGCGGGGGCGGCGGUCACACCCCCGGGAGCUCGAGUCCCGGAAGCGAGAUGUCGCCUCAGCACAAGAGCCCGCCGGCACCCGCCUGGCCGAGUGAGAUGAAGCACCAUCCGCAUCCACACGCGCCGCCCCAUUCCCAUCAUCACCCGCACACGGCCGGGCAUCAUCCACCGCCACCGCCACCGCCACCGCAUCACGCGGGCUACAUGCCGCAGUACUCCUGGUACCAGGCGGACCCCAACCCCGGACUACUCACGUAA